AUGCCCAACAUGAACCUGGCUCUGGAGAAGAAGAUCAGAAGGGAACUGCAGUACUUACCGGACCCACUCAAACUUGCCGACCAUGUUCGUGGCGUUCUCAAGAAGGGCGACGUCGAGAAGGCUCUCGGUCUUACUCGCAUUGCUAGCAAGGACAUGGAUUGUAUCGUCAGUUGGAACCACAUCAUUGGCCACUUGUUAUCCGAGAAACAGGUCAACGCCGCUCUGAAGAUAUACAAUGAGAAGCGCGCGCAAUUCCCCGACUCGCAUACCUACGUUAUUCUCCUUCGUGGCCUAUCCGAACNNCCCCCUGUCGCCGCAGACACCCUCGGCAAAGCCCUUGCCAUCUACCAUUCUCUGGGCGCUGAAAAUUCAAGAGUAAAGCCAACAACUAUACACACCAAUGCAGCACUGCGAGUGUGCGCACGCGCAAAUGACAUGGACUCUCUAUGGGGCAUAGCCUCAAAAAUUCCUGAGAAAGGGUCUGGCGCUGCCGACACUUACACGUACACUACAAUCUUGAACGCCAUCAGAGAGCACGCACUGCUGGAAGGUGGCAGCAGAACGGACGACAGUGAAAUUGCUGCACUGAGAGCAACAGCUGUUCAGCAGGGCCGGAGGAUCUGGGGAGACAUUGUUGGAAGAUGGCGAUCGGGAGACAUCGCCGUCAAUGAAGAGAUGGUAGGUGCUAUGGGUCGCCUCUUACUCAUUGGUCUGCAGCCAAGAGACUGGGACGAUGUUCUCUCCCUAAUCGAACAGACCAUGGGCAUCCCUCGUCUGGUUCCUAAGUUGGGUAGCAAGAUGAGAAUGACUGCUCCGAAUCUGCCUCUUCGCAUGCCUGCCCAUGUGAAGAAGGACCGCAAUGACAUCACAGAAGGCGAGGAACCAGAGAGCGAAUUCGACCAAGCACUCCUGCUCGACAGUCGAGGCAGACCAUCCGUCACACUCGUCAAACCAGGAAACAACUCUUUCUCAAUUAUCCUUGAGGCUUGCAAGUUGUCACACGCUUUCCGAACGUCGUACGAAUACUGGGAUCUGCUCACCAACGAAUCCACGUAUGCGCUCAAGCCCGAUAUGGACAACAUUCAUACCUUUAUGCGUAUCCUACGACAGACUCGCGCAUCUAGUCGUACUCUCGACCUAGUGAGAGAGACGAUACCGAAUUACGGCUGGAAACCCCAUCGCAAAACCUUCCGUAUUGCUAUGAGUGCCUGCAGUCGUGACAGAAAGAACCCAAACGUAAUGAGACAUGCUCACGAGCUUUUUGAGCUGAGCGAGCACUAUCAGGUGGAACCUGAUCCGACGACACUCACUCAAUACAUGGAGUUAGCCCUUUCUACGCAAGACGGAGAAAUGAUUAGCGAAGUGAUCGAUCGUCUUUCAGAUCCCAUCACGAAAUUGAGGUCAAUUAUCUCGUUUGGAUCGUUCAGCUCGGGCAAGACAUCAGUAACGGCAAGACAUGAUAUUGUGGCCUUGAUGAGAACGGUCAUCGGUGCCAUUGAUCAGUUAAUGAAGAAGCAAUUAGUCCCUCAGGAUCAGAUGCAUGGGUGGUCUCAGAGACGAUCAAGGUUAAGUGCUUUUGUCACGCGGCUAAUGGACAGAAUGGAUGGAAAGAACACCAUUCCCAAGGAGAAGCUCAUAGAGUUGCGAAAAGACAGUAGACAGCUGAGGCACCUUCGCCAGAACCUGGUGAGAAAGCAAAAGAAGAAAGACGGUACAUGGGUCAAGGACAAGAAGGACCUUGGAUCAAGACCGUUGCAAGACUUGCCGUUUGAUGAGUGA